AUGACCAGGACCUGGCCUUUAAUGGCCCUCUAUCGACGACCAUGGCCCAUACCCUCGGCCGUUGCGCCGCGACUCGAUCCUUCGAUCCUAGUGGAAGAAGAAAAGACACCAAAUUAUCAUGCUGAUCGAUUCUACCCCAUUCACCUCGGUCAAGUCCUCAACGGACGAUAUCAGAUUGCUACAAAGCUUGGCUACGGCGCCAACUCCACUGUGUGGCUGGCUAGAGAUCUUAACCGCUGGCGCUGGUCACCGGAAAAAUAUGUCGCCGUUAAAGUCAAUGCAACCAACCAACGCUCACGGCGACCCAAGGGAAACGAACUCGACAUUAUGAGGCAUAUCUCUCAAGUGAACCCCAAACAUAAAGGUUGGCAUUUCAUCAGGAAGCUCUCUGACUCCUUUGAACUACAAGGUACAUUGGGAACCCACAGCUGUCUUGUCUUGGAGGCUUUGCGUGAACCUUUGUGGCUCUAUCAAACAAGGUACAUAGGCAGCGUGAUACCUCCAGAUAUUCUAAAGAUCCUAGUACAAAUGAUCUUGCAUGCACUCGACUACCUCCAUUCGGAAUGUCGCAUCGUUCAUACAGACCUCAAGCCUGACAACAUCAUGGUGAAGAUUGAGGAUCCUUCGAUUUUUGAACGAGACGCUCAGGACGAGUUCGAUAAUCCGUUGCCGCAAAAACAUAUUGAUGAACGUACAAUCAUCUACCUCUCUCGAAAUAACUACGGGCCACUUUCUGUCCCGACAGGGACCAUUCAGAUUGUAGACUUCGAUCUGUCUGUUCGGGCAGAGCCGGGUCAAGUUCACACCGGUGCCAUUCAGGGAGAAAUAUACCGAGCACCAGAGGUAAUACUUAAUGCAGGCUACACAUACUCUGCCGAUAUUUGGAGCCUAGGGGUCAUGUUAUGGGACUUACUCGAGGGAAAGAGUCUUUUCAAUCCUACAGCCCCUGGCAACGCGGAUGAAUAUGACGACCAAUCGCACCUGGGCCAGAUUUCUGCCUUGAUCGGACCUCCACCGCAGAGUCUAUUGUCAAGCGGCCAAAGAACUUCCAUGUUCUACGAACCCAACGGCGAGCUCAAGAAUCCUGGCCUUGUCCCAGCCCCUGGCGAUUUUAGCUUUGAGAAUACCAUCAGUUGCAUGAGCGGCGAGGAGAAGGUCAGGUAUAUUCGAUUCAUUAAGAGAAUGGUGAAAUGGAGUCCGGAGGAAAGAAGUACUGCAAGAGAGCUGCUUGAUGACCCGUGGUUGUACGAAGAUUUCCCCCAAGACUAG